UAGAACACCGAUUUCGAAGAACAAGCUGCUAAUAUUCAGCUUCGCAUAACUUUCCAGUGAUGUCCUAUAAAUACAUACGCAAAACCGUGAAUACCAACCAUGCCAGAAGACCCCAUAAAAAUCUAUCAACUCUGAAAAGCGCAUGAACUUUAGCCGCCUCCGGAGCUCGAAUCUAUUGCAGACAAUGGCGGAGGACAUGAGGUCAUCUGCCGCCGCCGCCACCACAUCAAAAAAGGCUUCAAGAUCGCUGUGGCCCUCCGUUCUUCGCUGGAUCCCUACAUCCACCAAUCACAUCAUCGCCGCCGAGGAACGCCUCCUCUCUUUAGUCAAGACUCCGUAUACUCAAGAACAGGUUAAUAUAGGUUCUGGCCCGCCAGGGUCCAAGAUCAGGUGGUUUCGAUCCACAAGCGAUGAACCGAGGUUUAUCAACACGGUUACUUUCGACAGCAAAGAGGGUUCUCCCACUCUUGUAAUGGUUCAUGGAUAUGCCGCUUCUCAAGGCUUCUUCUUUCGUAAUUUUGAUGCUCUUGCCAAACAUUUCAGAGUCAUUGCUGUUGAUCAACUUGGAUGGGGUGGAUCAAGCAGGCCUGACUUCACAUGCAAAAGCACUGAAGAAACUGAAGCAUGGUUUAUUGAUUCCUUUGAGGAAUGGCGGAGGGCCAAAAACCUUACCAAUUUUAUUUUACUUGGACAUUCUUUUGGAGGUUAUGUUGCAGCUAGAUAUGCUCUCAAGCAUCCUGAACAUGUCAAACACUUGGUUUUAGUGGGAAGUGCUGGGUUUUCAUCAGAGACGGAUGCUAGGUCAGAGCCACUCAUGCGUUUCAGAGCAACAUGGAAAGGAGCUGUAUUAAAGCAUUUAUGGGACUCUAAUUUAACUCCUCAGAAGAUUAUUAGAGGUAUUGGCCCCUUUGGUCCAGAUAUGGUCCGCAAGUAUACUAGUGCUAGAUUUGGUUCAUAUUCAACUGGCCAAGUUUUGAAUGAAGAGGAGUCCAAAUUACUGUCAGAAUAUGUGUACCACACAUUGGCGGCCAAAGCCAGUGGAGAGCUGUGUUUAAAAUAUAUAUUUGCAUUUGGAGCAUUUACUCGGGUGCCUCUUUUAGAAAGUGCAUCCGAAUGGAAAGUGCCAACGACAUUUAUAUAUGGCUACGAAGAUUGGAUGUCUUACGAAGGGGCCCAAGAUGCUCGCAAGCAUAUGAAGGUCCCUUGUGAAAUUAUGAGGGUCCCUCAGGCUGGCCACUUUGUAUUCAUAGACAACCCAACUGCCUUCCAUUCUGCUGUAUUAUAUGGUUGCCGCAAGUUUCUCUCCCCUGACCAGGUUAAUGACACCCUUCCUGAAGGCCUGACAGCUGCCUAAAAGAGGAUUGUAAUUUGUAUGUUUUAGUAUUUGUUUGUGUGUAUAAAUAAUGGGUCUCAUUAGGCCCAUUAUAGAUGUCCCAAAAUUUUACAUAAAUUGAACAUUCAUUUAGAUGUGUUUCUAUGGUCUAGUUCUAUGUAGAUUUCCAUUUAUAUAUAGCAUAUGGUUCCAUAUCUCUUUGUUCA